AUGGAAGCCAAUACGAACGAUGCUUUCGGCCAAGAAGUCACUCGCCUUCGAGUUGACUACCAGCGCAAGCGGCAGGGAUCCAAUCUUUUCCCUCCCGCCGGCCAACCCGUCCUUGAGAUGGAGCUCGUGCCCGGGGAAACCCUGUCUAUGAGGUUCUGGUUCGAGGAUGGCACUAAACUCGGUCGAUAUGUGCGACUUUUCGACCUUCCGGGAACCCUUUCUGGGGACAUCCUUCGCCUUGAGCGCAAUCUGCCUUCGGUCCAAGGUCAUUUCGAAAUCGAAGGUGAUGUUGUCCGUAGCCUAGACCAAUGCCCCGACCACCCCCGGGCUGUCGAAGACGACUUCGAGGACGUUAGCGACCUUGUUGCUCAGCUGCCUAUCAUCAACGUCGAUUCUUCCAAGCAUUUCCUCAAGAAGGCAAAAUACCAAAGUGAAAUUGAGAAUCUCUUGAAGUGCCAAGGUGGAUCGUGUCCUGGAACGUCUUUUUCUGAGCACCUAAUCCGUCUCCUUGGGGCAUCUCCCGAUGGGCACCUGGUCUUUGAAAAGCUGAUGACCCGUGGGGCCCUUCUAUCAUGUUUCUCCUCUCUCGACAUCUAUAAACGUUGGAUUCUACAUAUCAUCGAUGCCCUAGCCUAUCUCCAUUCUGUUGGUAUUGUUCACCGUGAUCUUCGCAUCGACAACUGCCUCUUUACUAGAGAUGGCAGCCACCUGGUAGUUUGCGACCUUGAGAGCCGUUGGGGCCAGCGAGCCGCUCCGGAGAUUACGUUCAACGGCGGACUGAACUCCGGAUGGACUACUCGUUCAGAUAUCUACGACAUUGGCAAUUGCAUCAAGUGCAUGGUCUACGCCAACGCGCCAAUCACAAACCAGGUCGAGUGGCCUGUCCCUCAACCACUCCAGGCUAUUGUUGAUGCUUGCAUGCGCAAGGUGCCGGGGGAUCGACCAACGCUGCUCGAGUUGAAAGGGAUGGUAGAAAGCAUCACAACUAGUGUGAAUUGA